AUGCGGAGGGGUCAAACCGUCAAAGUCAAACAAGCCUCUCCAAGCCGGCGUCCCGAGCGGCGGAGUGGGCGAGUGGCCAAAACUCCCAGUCCCAGACAAGGACACGGACAAGCACCAACCUGCCCACUCGCGCCCGGCAACGCCACGCGAAAAAUUCCCUCUCAAGCAGAGCGCCCCAUCACGUGCGCCCGUGCCACAGCACCGAUCGACAGGCCCGGCCGAGCAGCGGAGCAGCCGAGCAGGCAACCUCCCGCCCACUUGCCUCCUCACAUGGCCGCGAUCUCGCACCGGAUCGCGGGGCCCGGCCCGCUCGGCGCCGCGGCGGCGCCGCCUCGCCCGUCGGGGAGGAGCGCCGCCGUGAUCGCGGCCGCCGCGGCCAAGGGCGCCCGGCGGGCGCGGGCGCUGGAGGGCGCGAGCGACGAGCUGCGGGCCGCCGCGGCGCAGUGCCUGGACUGGGCCCCCGCGCGGCGCCGGGUGCGGGCCGCCUUCGCGCCCGUGCUCCCCACCCUCGACCACUGCCUCUUCAAGAUGGCUCCCAAGGGAAUCCAGAUGGAAGAGAAUUAUGAGAAAAAUUCAAAGGGAGUUGAAAUAUUCUGGAAGAGCUGGCUGCCACGAGAGGGCACUGCUGCCAAGGCUGCACUUUUCUUCUGCCAUGGAUAUGGGGAUACCUGCACUUUCUUUUUUGAAGGGAUUGCUAAGAGGAUUGCUGCUGCUGGAUAUGCGGUUUAUGCUAUGGAUUAUCCUGGUUUUGGCUUGUCAUAUGGUCUGCAUGGCUACAUUGCAAGCUUUGAUGGAAUGGUGGACCAUGUCAUUGGACAGUAUGCACGAAUAAGAGGAACGAAGGAAGUACGUGAGCUGCCUCACUUUCUCUUGGGACAGUCAAUGGGAGGUGCAGUUGCCCUGAAAAUACACUUGAAGCAAGAAAAAGAAUGGGAUGGUGUGCUUCUUGUCGCGCCUAUGUGCAAGAUUUCAGAAGAUGUAACACCACCGGCACCAGUAUUGAAGGUGUUGAGCAUAUUGUCAUGUCUUCUUCCUGAAGCAAAGUUAUUUCCGCAGAAAGAUAUAGGAGAUUUGGCAUUUAGAGAUCCAAGGAAAAGAAAAGUAGCUGAGUACAAUGCCAUAUCAUAUUCUGACCAAAUGAGAUUAAGAACAGCAGUUGAACUUUUGAAGGCCACUAAAGACAUUGAAUCACAGUUGGAGAAGAUCUCCUCCCCGUUGCUGAUUCUUCAUGGAGCCGCGGACAUGGUAACAGAUCCUCAAGUAAGCAAAUUCCUCUAUGAGAAAGCUAGCACCAAAGACAAGACCCUCAAGCUCUAUGACGGUAGUUACCACUCGAUCUUAGAGGGAGAGCCAGAUGACCGGAUUUCAACCGCAAUUAACGACAUCAUCUCCUGGCUGGAUUCGCAUUGUUGAAUGCCCUUCGUAUAUGGUCUCAUCCAUUGUUGCGGACCUUUAGUUUGUUCGGGCAGUAUGGGACUCUCUAGUGCAUUAAAUUUUGGCAUGGUAUGCAGAGAUUAAUAUCUCUGAGUAGUUCGUUGGCGCUUGUUAUCUCGAUGAUGUUAACUGGCGCUGUAUUUUCUGUUUAUUGUGAACACGGCAUUGUAUAAUUUUUUAGUUGGCAUCGCCA